UCAACAAAUUGAAGUUCCUUGAUCUCAGUGAAUGUCAAUCGGUGGUUUCUAUGCCGGACAUCAGUUGUACGCCAAAUCUUGAGAAGUUGGAUCUCCAUGGGUGCAAAAAAUUGGAUAGAAUCCCUGAUAUUUCAAAUAAAAACACAGGCUUGCGAGAGAUUUAUUUAGAAGGAACUGCAAUUAAGGAACUGCCUACAUCCAUAGGAAAUCUUCAAUCUUUGGAGGUUUUGCAUUUACGUAAUUGCAAAAAACUGACAACUCUUCCACCUAGCAUUUACAUGUUGCAAAAUCUUGAAAACUUGUGUCUUUCUGGCUGCUCAAAACUAACCAAGUUUCCAAAGGUGGAGGAGGAUUUGAGUGAUUCCCAUACAAAGGCAGGAUUUCCUAGGUUAUAUAGUUUGAACCUUGGAUGGUGCCAUCUAUCAGAAGUAGAGUUCCUAGAGAAUUUUUCCUGUUUUCCCCGCUUACAAUAUUUGAAUUUAUCGGGAAACACUUUUACCAACCUUCCUUCAUGCGAGCAACUAUAUUCCUUGACCAUAUUGGAUGUUUCUAAUUGCCAAAAACUACAAGAGAUCUCCAAGAUGCCAGAGAAAUUGAGAAUGCUAGAGGCAAAUAAUUGCGAAUCUCUGAGUAGAAUUCCCUCCAACAUACGCAUCGUUCGGGUACAUUCGUGUCUGGAACUGGCCCGUAAUGGGAUGUCCAUGAAUGAUUGGCUUAGGCCUGAGGAAUUUCAUCACCAAACAAAAUGCCAAAUUGUUCUACCUGGAGGAGAGAUGCCAAAGUGGUUGCUCCCUAAUGAAGAAGGUUAUGUGUCUUUCACGGCUUCAAAGGACUUAUAUGACAAGUUUCUAAGAGUAGCUUUCUGUGUCGUAUUCCGAUCAGAAAAAGAAAGGUCUCUCACUUUAUCGAUUGAAACAUUCAUUAAUGGCAGACGACGUGAACGUCACUCUUAUAAUGUCAAGUCAUUUAAUUUGGAUCAUGUGUGGCUUUAUUAUACAACACCAACGAACUUGUGGGGAGUACACAAUUUUGGUCCAAAUGAGUGGUCCAUUUUUCACAUUAGGGUUACAUUACCUUCCUUUUUAGAUAAGAGAGUAAUUGUGAAAAAGUUUGGAUUCCGACUAAUAUGCAAGUCACUAGAGAAUGAUUUGGAGGUUUUGCUUCAAGACGAUCAAUUGUUGGAUUCAGCUUUACUCUACGAAGUUGGGUAUGGAGAUAGUCAAAUGAGCACCGAGGAAGAUAGUCCAGGCGAAUUAGUCCACAACGGAUUGAACAUUGCUGACUUCUCAAUUGAGAAGUUCCGCUACUCCAGUAUUGGUCCUCUUUACCGAAAUGUUCGCCCUGGAGGAGAGAUGCCAGAGGAGUUUUUCCUUGUUGAACAUGAUACUAUAUCUUUCAUUGCUUCACAGGACGUGUACGAUGGAUGCAUAGGGUUAGCUCUCUGCGUUGUUUUCGGUGUAGAAGAUGGAACAAGGGAAGUAUCUUUUGACAUCGUGCCACAUGUUGACGGUCAAAGACGGAAUGUGCUGUCGGGAAUUAUCGGUUCAUUUGAUUCGGAUCACACAUGGUUUCAGUUUCUUGAACCAAAUCUAUUGUGGGGUUUGUUGGAGGGAGCAGUUGAUUUCAGUCAUUUUAAGGAGAGUUGUUUACGAUUUAGUCUUACAGUUAAAGUAUUGGGUGGAACACUGAAAAAAUUGGGAUAUUUGAUGAGUUGCAAGCAACAAGAGUUUGAUUUGAAGGUUGUGCUCAAAGGGAAUCAAUUCGUGAAUCUAGCUUCCUUUUGUGAGGAUUAUUUUCAGGAAGGCACUUACGGGGAAAUUCUUGCAAAAGAAUGCUUGAAAUUUCGCUCGGACCAAGUCAAAGCCAGUAACAGUGAAGCAGAUUGAACGAGAAGAGGCGAGUGGAGUAGUGUUGGCUUACGACAUUCACAGCAAGCGUUUGUUUUUCAUAUGUCCUCGUUUACUGAUUUCAAGGGCCCUAGGGUAUUCUCUGUAAUUGGCUCGAGAAGUGAGCACUUUUAACUGAAAUCUGCAGAUUAUUUUAUCUUGAAUGCACCUACAGGCUCCUGGGAACAUUGUUCCGAGCAUGGUAGUUUCUCCAC